AUGAGUACGGCAGUCCAAGGUUUCAAUGCAAACAUGCAUGCCUCCAUUGCCGCAUCUGGUUCUGGUGGGAGACGCCCCGAUCGCGGCAACGGUGGUCUGCGUCCACCUGAUCGGGGGCUGGGCAAGGUGACGAAGAAGACGAAGAAGCUGCCCUCUGGUUACUUAUUACCACCCUCUGGGCGCGCCGCAGCAGCGCCCUCGUAUAAGCUUGAGGCAAUGUCGCACGGCACGUCGGCUGGCAGAGCGGCAGCAGCAGGAGGCGCAGGAGCAGCUGGGACGCUAGGAGCACGCCCCUCAGGAGCAGCUCCCCCAGCAGCAGUCUCCCCAAGAUCAGCGCCCCCAGCGCUCAGCAGAGUCGCGAAUGCGGCCAGCUCCACGGGUAGCUCCCGAGGAAGCGUCAUGCUCUGA